AUGGAUGCAAGCGGUGAUAUCGGCGCCAAGCGCAAGCGCAGUGCCGUCGCCGGUGCUGCGGAGCGGCCCCUCAAGCACCUGAAGCCUGAGGGCACGGCGCUAACUCCCGGAGACUCAACCCCGGCCAAUGGAACGGUAUAUGACAUCGAAGAGGACGAUGAGACCGAUCGCAUCAUGGCCGUUGGCCCUGUGCAAGCAGACUCACCCGAGUGGCAGGCCACAAUUGAAUCGGUGGUCAAGAGCGUCGUGUCUAUCCACUUCUGCCAGACCUGCUCUUUUGACACCGAGCUCUCCAUGAGCAGUCAGGCGACUGGUUUCGUCGUUGAUGCUGAGCGCGGAUACAUCUUGACGAAUCGACAUGUAGUGGGCGCUGGUCCAUUCUGGGGAUACGUCAUCUUUGACAACCACGAGGAGUGUGACGUCCGUCCAGUCUAUCGAGACCCCGUUCACGAUUUCGGCAUCCUUCAAUUCGAUCCCAAGGCCAUUCGGGAGAAGCUGAGCAUUUUGUCCGGUGUAAUCAGUCGAUUGGACCGAAAUGCGCCAGAGUAUGGCGAGGGAUACAGUGACUUCAACACAAAUUACAUCCAGGCUGCGGCUGCUGCCAGUGGUGGUAGUUCCGGAAGUCCUGUUGUCAACAUUGACGGCCACGCCGUCGCGUUGCAAGCUGGUGGUCGAGCUGAUGGUGCCGCAACCGACUAUUUCUUGCCAUUAGAUCGCCCCUUCGCGCCUUAG